AUGAAAGCGUCCCGAGGGUUCACCCACCUCCUCUCACUUUUCGUAUUAGUGGCUGGAGUCUACUCUCAAGCUGACGAAUUCAUUACGCUUCACGACCUGCGUUGGACCCUGCCGCACCCGAACCCAGACAUCGCGCGGCCACCCAUCCAACCGAGUCAACACGCCAUUAGAGUGGUCCCAGGAGGUCCGAAAGGCUACGAAGUCUAUGUCAGCAAUCCGUCAACCGAAAAGACGAAGGUCGUUUUCCAAAUUAACGGUGGACCUCUAUUGUGGGAAGAGGCUGUCGAUGUAAAGCCCACCCGCCCCGGCCGCGGUUUGUGCAAAGUCACGGACCUCCCCUCGAUCCCGACGUCAUUACAUGUUUAUUGGGGAUUAUCUCAAGCUGGCGAAUUCGAUCCGCUUCACGACCUCCGUUGGACCCCCCGGAACCCAGACACCGCGCGGCCACCCAUCCAACCGGGGGAACACGCCAUUAGAGUGCUCCUAGGAGGUCCGAAAGGCUGCGAAGUCUAUGUCAGCAAUCCGUCAAUUGAAAAGAGGAAGGUUAUUCUCGCAAUUGACGGUUCCCCUCCAUUGUGGCAAGAGGCUGUCAAUGUAGACCCCACCAUCCUCGGCCGCGGUUUGUGCAAAGUCGCGGACUUAGAAUGGAUCCCGAGGUCAUUACAUGUUUAUUGGGCAUUAUAG